UUUGUUACAAUGCAAAACAACAAAGAAUUAUCUGCAGAUUUGUUAGGUCCUUAUGAAGUUUUAUUUUUUUCACAAACAUCAGAUAAGUUUUUUGAAGAUAAUGACUUUGAUAGUGAUGCUAAUAUUGUAGAAUUAACUAAUAAAACCAAUUCAAUUACUCUAGACAAUAAAAACCAAAUUAAUAAAGAAAAGACUAGAAAAAGAUGA